AUGGAGCCGGAACCCGGCCGCCAGGGCACCGAAGCCACCGCGUCCGAGCCACGUCCCCGACAGCGGCUUCCCCGGGGCGGGGACGAGGCCCCGGCCAGCGGCUCGCCCUCGGCCCUGCCCCAGGGCAGCCCUGCCGCCUCCCCAGGACAGCCACUGCCCAACCCUCCGCCCCCCGGGCCCUUCCCCGGGCCCUCCCCGCUGUCCCGGGAGGGGGCUCAGGAGCAGCCCGGCCCCCAGCUCCCGCCCCCGCCCCCGCCCCCGCCCGGCCCCGCGUUCAUGGCUCCCGGCGCCCCGGCGGGGCCGGCCUGGCCGCUGGUGGACCCGGCGAGGCCGGAGGGCUCGGGCUCCUUUCCGCACGGCCAGCUGCUCCCUGCUCGCCCGCCGCUCCUGCCCGCCGGGGACCCGCCGGCCCUGCCGAAGGCCUUCGUGCCUCGCCCGGCGCAGGCCGGCCCCCGGGCCCCCGAGGACGGGCCCCGCAAGGAGAAGAAGCCCCCGAAGCCCGGCAAGUACAUCUGCCAGUACUGCAGCCGGCCGUGCGCCAAGCCCAGCGUCCUGCAGAAGCACAUCCGCUCGCACACCGGGGAGCGGCCCUACCCCUGCGGCCCCUGCGGCUUCUCCUUCAAGACCAAGAGCAACCUCUACAAGCACCGCAAGUCCCACGCCCACCGGAUCAAGGCGGGGCUGGCCGCGGGCGCCGGGAUGCACCCGCUGGACGCGGAGGCGGAGCGGGCCGGAGGGGAGGACCUGGAGGAGCCCUCGGAGGGGGAGAGCAGUGACUCGGAGGAGGAGGCGGCGGCGGCGGCGGGGGUGGCCGACCCCGCCACGCGGCCCGGACCCCGCUUCCCGCCCGCGGGCCUGCGAGGCGGGCCCCAGGUCCACGCCCGCGAGGCCCAGCCCCCCGAGGGCGGCGCCCCGGGCGGGGAGGUCCCCGCGGAGCCCCCGCCGGCGGCCCCCAGGCCCGAGGACACCCACUCCAUCAAGCAGAAGCUGGCGUUGCGCCUGAGCGAGCGCAAGAAGGCCGUGGACGAGCAGGUGGUGUUCCUGAGCCCCGGCAGCAAGGGCAGCACGGAGUCGGGCUACUUCUCCCGCUCCGAGAGCGCCGAGCAGCAGCAGACGCCGCAGCUCAGCCCGCCCGGCGCCAGCGCCAGCGCCAAGUCCUACGCCGAGAUCAUCUUUGGCAAGUGCGGGCGCAUGGGCCAGCGGGGGCCGGCCGGGCUGGCGGGGGGUCCGGCCCCCGCCCCCGGGGCCGUCGACGACAAACCGGGCUUGGGGCCGCCGCCGCCGCCGCCCCUCUCGGUGCCGCGCACCCAGGUGAUCGAGCACAUCACCAAGCUCAUCACCAUCAACGAGGCGGUGGUGGACACGAGCGCCAUCGACAGCGUCAAGCCCCGGCGCAGCUCGCUGUCCCGGCGCGGCAGCCUGGAGGCCCCGAAGCCCGGCGCCCUCCGAGCCGCCCCGAAGCCCGAGCCGCUCCCGCCGCUGCCCUCGCCGCUUCCCCCGCACGGCCACCCCGAGGCCGCCCCGCUCCUCCGCAGCCACUCGCUGCCCUCGGCCGGCUGCCCCCGCAGCGUCCCGCACGCCUUCCGCGGCAGUUACUCCUUCGACGACCGCGUCGCGGCCUCGAGCGCUCCGCGCCGCGGCUCCUUCUCCCACCCGCGCACGCUCAAGCGGCAGCCCGCCUUCGAGCUGCCCCCGGGCGGGGAGUCGGGCCCGGAGGAAACGGGCGGCGGAGGAGGGCCGGGGAGCAGCGGCGGAGGACCCGGGACCAGCGGCGGCAGCGGCGGCGGCGGCGAGCCCGGGGGCGAUGGCGAGCCGGGGGGCGACGGUGGCGGGCCGGCCGGAGGCGAGGGAGCCCGCAGAAGCCGCAGGGGCGGGCGCGCGCGGGGGCUGCCCCACCAGUGCCACGUCUGCGGCGCCCGCUACAAGAAGAAGGACAACUUCAAGGCCCAUAAGAAAUACUACUGCCCGGAGCUGCCGCCGCCGCCGCCCCGGCCGCCGGCCGCCCCCGGCUUCCCAGACCCCGUCGGCCGGCCGUCGGGGCCACCGCCACGGCCGGGCGCCGCCCCGGAGCUCGUCCCGCUGCGGAAGCGCCGCAAGGAGAAGAGCCUGGGCGACGAAGAGGACCCCCACGUCGCGCCCCGCUUCCAGCUGGCGCAGCUUCACCCCGCGGGGAUCGGGCCCGGCAGCGCCUUCGCCCGGCCCGCGCCCUCCGCCUCGGCCCCCGCCCCGGCCCCGGCCCCCGCCCCCGGUCCGGCCCGCGCCCCGGCCGAGCCCGGGCCGCCGGAGCCCGGCCGGGACCGCCGGCCCGCGGCCAAAGAGAUCUCGGUCAUCCAGCACACCCGCUCCUUCGAGAAGGCCGAGGCGCCCGAGCGUCCGGCCGCGGGGGAGGGCGCCGAGCGGCCGGCCGCGAGCCUCGGCCCGCAGCCCCGGCUGGUCCGGCAGCCGCACAUCCAGGUCCCCGAGAUCCUGGUGACCGAAGAGGAGCCCGAGCGGCCGGCGCGCGCGCCCGAGCCCCCGCCCCCGCCCCCCGCCCCGGACCCCGAGCGGCCCGAGCGGCCCGACCGCCCGGCCGAGGAGUUCCAGUGGCCCCAGAGGAGUCAGACGCUGGCGCAGCUGCCCGCCGAGAAGCUGCCGCCCAAGAAGAAACGGCUGCGCCUGGCCGAGCUGGCGCAGUCCUCGGGCGAGUCCAGCUUCGAGUCCGGCUCCCUGCCGCGUAGCCCCAGCCAGGAGAGCAGCGUGUCCCACGGCUCCAGCCGCUCGGCCUCCUUCGAGCGGGACGAGCCCCCCGAGGGCGCCCCCAAGCCCUUCGGCUCCCACAUGCUCACCGUGCCCGGCCCGCAGCCCCCGCGGUCCCUGCCCCCGGCCCCCGCGCGGGAGAUGCGGCGGUCGGCCUCCGAGCAGACCCCCGACACCGCCCACACGUCCCGGGUGGCCGAGGCGCGCAGCAAGUCGUUUGACUACGGGAGCCUGGGCCUCCUGGUGCGCCAGGCGCCCCUGAGCCAGCCGCCCGAGCCCGAGCCCGAAGCCGCCGUCCCCCGCGGCCGCCCCGACGCCGAGGCCCCUAAGCCGCCGCCGCCUCCUCCGCCGCCUCCUCCUCCGCGCGACGAGCCCUACCCGCCGCCUCCGGGCCCCCUCUUCUCCUUCCGGCCCCUCGGCCCGCAGCCGGGCCCGCCGGUGGGGCUCUUCUCCGCCCCGGCCGCUUCCGACCUCCUCUCCGCCCCCUACCCGCUGGCCCCGCUGGGCCCCGCCCUGUUCCCGCCCCCGCCCCCGCUUCUGCACCCCGGGCCCCUCCCGCUGCCCCAUGUGCCCCAGCUUCUGCCCCCCAACGCCGGGGCCGCCUUCCAAGCGCCGCCGCCCGCCCCCCACCCGUUACUGCCCGGAACCGGCGACCCCGGCUCCUCGCCCUUCCCUCCGGGGUUCUUCCUGCCUCUCCCGGGCCCCUUUACCCUCCGGCUGCCCGGAGACGCCGGCAGCCCCCCGCCUCCGCCCCCGCCGCCGCCGCCGCCCCCGAGGAAACCCAGCCCGCCCUCUCCGGUGGGGGCCGGGACGCUGCCCCCCGGGGCCGCAACCAGCUGGCAGCACGUCGGAGGCCGGCCUGGCAGCCCCCCGGGGUCGGGCCCGGGGCCGCCGGGUAGACUGAUCCCCCCGGGCCUCGCGGGGCCCCUGGCCGUCCCCGUCCGGGCCCAGGCCAGCGUGCCGAACUACGGGAGCGUCGUGUACACCACUCUGUCCCAGAGCCGGGCGCCGCGGGGCCUGGUCCUGGGCGGCCCGGGCCCUGGGCUCCGGCUCCCAGCGGCCGGCCUCGGCCCAGGCGGUGGUGGCGGCGGCGGGGCCCUGCCGGGGAGGGUGGCCGGCCCCGGGCUGGAUCCGGUCCCGGCCUCGUUCCUGCGGGUGCCCGAGCGGAGAUGCCCCGCCACCCAGCCGCCGGGAGCCGUCCUGGGUCCGGAGCCCGGUCCGGCCUCCGUGGGGGGCAGCAAGCGCCUGCUGUCGCCGGCCGGCAGCCUGGAGCUGGACCUGGAGCUGGACGCCGAGGCCCGGCAGCAGAAGCGAGUGAAGGAGGAGGGCGCCGGGGUCGGGGCCCAGGCGAUGCUGGGGCCUCCCGAGCCGGGCGGCGGCGGCGGCGACAUCGGGUCGCGGCCGGGAACGGCCGCUCUGGAGGAGGGCCGGGACCCGAGCCGAGGGGCCUCCGACCGGCCCCCGCCCCUUCCCCCGCCCGACCCGGCGGACCCCGGCCCGUUCGAGAGGGAGGCGCCGCUCCGCCCACAAGAGUCCUCGGGGACAGCCGAGCCCCCACGGCCGAGCCCGCCCGGCUCCCUGCCCCCGGCCGGCUCCCUACCGGCCCCGGCCCCCGCCCCCGCCUCGCCGGCCCCUCCCGGUCCCUCGGGCCCCGGCGCCGAGGAAAGGGCCUGGCCCCCGGGGCUGCACACCGCCACGAGCGUCUGCUGGUGCUACUUGGACCGCGCUCUGCCGAGCCCCUCGCCGCGGGCCUCGCGGCGGGCCUCGCUCUCUGCCGCCUGGUGCAUCGGCCUGUACAGCCCCAACCCGCCCGGGGUGUCCACAAGGACGGCGCUGGCCCUCCUGCGCUCCCGCCAGGUGCGGACCCGGGAACUCUACACCACCGCCAACACACCCCAGGGAGAGGCCCCUCUGCGCCUCCCGGACAGCUCCCCGACACCCAAGGUGACCGAGGUGCACCUACCAUCUGGUGGGCCCCGGCAAGGCGGGGUCACAGAGGAGGAGGAGGAAGAGAAGAGGGGGAAGGCGGAGGUCACCGUCGCGUCUGUCACCACGAGUGGUGACCCCGUGAGGAUCAAGAUCUUCGAAGGAGGGUACAAAUCAAACGAGGACUAUGUGUACGUCCGCGGGCGCGGCCGAGGGAAGUAUGUGUGUGAGGAGUGUGGCGUGCGCUGCAAGAAGCCCAGCAUGCUGAGGAAACACAUCCACAGCCACAGUGAUGCCCGGCCCUUUGUCUGCGACCACUGUAACUUUGCCUUUAAAACCAAAGGGAAUCUGACUAAGCACAUGAAGUCCAAGGCUCACGGCAAAAAGUGUCAGGAGCUGGGGGUGUUGGUGGAGCUGGAAGCUGAAGAAGGAGCCAGCGAGGACCCACUCCAGGAUGCUGAGGGGAGGCCAGGGCUCCAAGUUUCUGAUCUGGAGGACUCGGACGUGGAACCGGAUGCGGAGGAUGAGGAGGAGGAAGAGGAAGAGGGCGAGGAGGAGGAAGAAGAGGAGGAAGAGGAACCUUCUGCUCUGCUCCCAGAAUUACCCCACCCCUACCCUCCCUCAGGCUCCCCACCAAGGCCCACUCCACCCCACCAGGCCGUGCUCUCGCCUCAAGGAAGCAGCAGUGAAGCUGCGGCCCCUCACAGGCCCCCGGGCGCCCGCAGGCCGGGCCCGACGUCCGAGUCCCCGGCCUCGGCCCACUGCGGCUCCAGUCCCUGCCGCCCGGCACGGAGGACACCGGACCCGCCCACGCUCCCUCAAAGACCCGCCACCAAAAAUCACCCUCCACCCCGGUGCGAGGCCCAGCCCGGGGAGGCACCUGCUGGGUGCCCUUUGCCACGUCUCCAGACGCUUCCCCUGCCCCAAAGCCCCGCGAGCCCGGGGCCCCUGCCCCUGCAGGGAGGGCUCUGUCCCCAGCAGCCCCCAGGCCCUGGAGGAGCUGGCUUCCUCGACCCUGGAGCCACAGUCCCAGCCUCCGGCUGUGUCGAGCGAUGGUCUGCCCUGCCCUUGCCUACGCCCCUACCUCACUGGCACCUCGGUCGGACUCCGGGCACCGGCUGGCUCAGGCCGCUGCCACCGCUUCCACGGCCCGAACCCAGGAGCCCCACCCGGACCCCGGAACCCCCGACCUCUGUCACCCCCGACCCCAUGGCGGCCCUCCACGACCCCGCGGCGGCCCUCCACGACCUCCCGGCCGCCUGCCACGAUCCCCCGGCCGCCCUGCGCGGACCCCCGAGCGUCUAUAGCCACCUGCCCCCGCACUCGCGGCCGCCGCGCGCUCUGGUCGCCCGCGGGCUGCGGGGCCUCCUCCCGCCGGGCCCAGGGUCCUGGUCCGAGGCCGCCGCUGCCGCUGCGCCCUCCCCGCAGACGCUGAGGACCAGUGGGCGUGAGGAGGACGGACCCGGCCCCCGCCUCGCGCCCCCCGCCGCCCAGGCCCCCCCCGUCCCGGCCCCCGGGGUGGGCGGGGAAGGGCCCUGUGGCCCCCGCAGCCCUUACCCACCCGCGCCCCUCCCUGCGGCCCCGGCCCCAAGCGGGGCCGCCCCUCCCUGCGAAGCGGGGGACCCUGUGCGGGGCGCGGGGUACCGGGGCCCGGAGGAAACCCCCCGCGUGUCCGCGCCCGCCUCGUCGCCCCGCGGGGCUCCCACGCAGGCGGCCGCCGUUCCCGGUGCCUUGUUCGCGGGGAGAGGGUCGGGGGGUCGGGUCGCCAAGGAUGUGAAGGGCCAGGGGAGAGCGGGGAAAUACGAGAUCGGCAGCUGGACGCAGACAGGCGCGAGAUACAGAGAGAAGCGCCGCGGAGGCGGGGGUCACCCUCAGGGGGGAAGGCUUUCGGCCCGGGCCAAGGACGGUUCGGAGGCCAUCGAGGAGGUUCCGCCCGCCCCGCGGCGCCCUCUGCUGGCCGACCCCCUUUAUAACCGCAGCCUGUUUCUCCCGCCCGGUGCCCGCCGCCAGCAGCCAGCUGUCCAACUUUCGUCCCGACCCCCGGAGGGCACGCGAGCCCGGCGACCCCAGCUCCCAGUGAGGCUUGCUAGCCCCUGCCCCACACACCUGAUGCUCCUCACUCCCAGGUACCCUUAUUCCUUGGCUCUGACCCCUUCUUGA